ACAGGGGGACACAGCGGUCCCGUUCCCGCCGGGGAGGUUCGUGACUCCUCCAGGGGUUCUGAGGGUGAACCUCGCUGCUCUCUGUGGUUCGGGAGUUGGGAAGCACCACAGAGAGCCAGGAGCCAACAAAUCAUCUCAGCACCUAAAUGAGGCAUUAAAUCUAUUGCUCUGUCUGAAACUCACCAGGGAACACAAGUAUUAGAAAUGGCAGAAAAGGUGAAUAACUUCCCUCCACUCCCCAAGUUCAUCCCUCUGAAACCAUGUUUCUACCAGAAUUUUGCUGAUGAAAUUCCCAUCGAUUACCAGUUCCUGGUGAAGAGAAUCUAUCAUGUGUGGAUCUUUUACUGCAUCACGCUGGCCGUGAACCUCAUCGCCUGCCUGGCCUGGUGGAUCGGGGGAGGCUCUGGGGCCAACUUUGGCCUGGCCAUCCUCUGGCUCAUCCUCUUCAGCCCCUGUGGUUACAUCUGCUGGUUCCGACCUGCCUACAAAGCCUUUCGGUCGGACAGUUCCUUUAAUUUCAUGGCCUUUUUCUUCAUCUUUGGGGCUCAGUUGCUCCUCACGGUCCUGCAGGCGAUCGGCUUCUCCGGAUGGGGAGCGUGCGGAUGGUUGGCAGCCAUCACCUUCUUCAGCACCAGUGUGGCAGCUGCUGUGUUCAUGCUGUUCCCUGCCAUCAUGUUCACCAUGUCAGCAGUUGCCAUGUUCAUCUGCAUUAUAAGGGUACACAAAAUCUACCGAGGGGCUGGUGGAAGCUUCCAGAAGGCUCAAGAUGAGUGGAACAGCGGCGCAUGGAGGAACCCUCCCAGCAGGGAGGCCCAGUACAGCAAUUUUUCUGGGAACAGCCUGCCAGAGUACCCCACAGUGCCCAACUACCCCUCUGCAAACCAAUGGCCUUAAGCAGCACCAGCUGCAAACUGCCUGGAGUCUCUCCUUUUUGGUCCUUUUAUUCUUGUUCUUGGAAAAGAUCAUUUGCAUUCCCCCCCAAGCACCCCACUCAUCUCGAGGACCUUCCUGGUUCUUGUCUCCUGAUCCCUGAGGAAUAUCCUGCUCUCAGCCCUUCCCUCUUGCACUGCACUGCACGGCCAUGGCAGAAAGCUUUUUGUUUGCCUUGAGUCACCAGUAUUUGCCUCGUUGCAGACUGAGAACAAACCCUUCACUGCCCUUGCUUGAGGGAAUCCUCUCCUGAGCAUCCCUGGAAAAGGCUCAGCUUCCCCACGAUGGCAACACUCCCACAGCUGCCCCUGCUCCUGCUCAGCUCCCGUGGAAUGCCCAGCACAGCACCACACCUUCUGUAGCAAAAGCAAUCACAGCAACUGGUGUUUGCUCUCCUGGAUGAAUAAUGUGGAAUUUUUCACUCUAAGGGAAAUGCAGCACUUAAAUUAUUUGGUACUGGCGAGGCUGAAGUGAUUUGUGAAAGCUGCACCCUCUGAGGGAGGACCCUGCAGGUAACAGAGGUGCCCUGGGUGAGUCCUCGGAUGGGAAACCCCACAAAUCCUUCCUGCCUGGCUCAGACUGUGGUGAUGCUGCAGCUCUUGCUUUCCCUGCUGCUAAAGCCUCUUGCUGGAUCUGUGUGUUCCAAAGGUACAGAUUCAUCUCCCUAGGUCCAUGAUUGCUUGCUCAAGCCUGAAUCAAAGCCCAGUGGAAACCAGUGCAGAGCUGACACUGGGCCUUGGUGAUGCUCACCCUGGUACAGGGGCUCAGCAUGAGAUUUCCCCACCAUGAAACUUCCAGCCAGGCUUAGUGCUGGAUGCAAAAUAAUGAUUGAUCUCAGUGCUGGAGCCCCAGUGUGGUUUGGAAAUACCUCUGUUACCAUGAAUAGUUUAAUUCUGCCUGCUGCUGGUGUAGCUGAACUCCAGAUAUUACAGUGAGAGACCAAGGGAAGCUUGUUAAUUCUCAUGGCUGCUGUUGGCUGGCAGGAUUUCCAUGAGAGAGAUUCCUGCCUUUCUCCAGCCAUCAGCUGAAGGGAGGAUGAAGCUGUUGAGAGGGAUUGUUGUCCCUGAGGUUAUCCUCCACCUUGUCAUUCAUCUCCAUUCUGUGCCUGAGCCAUCCAAUUCCCUGUGUCCUACAGCGACCCAGGCAGCAAAGGCUGCAGUUUCCUCUUCCCCCUCAGCCUGCUGUGAAUUUUUUAAAACCUGUCCAAACUGGGAGGUCAGUUCCCAAUUUUUUUAUAGGGAGUGAGUGUUCCAAGUCUUUGGCUCUCAAAGUUUUGGCCAAUAUACAAAGUGCUCCAUUUGGGAGACCAAGGAGGGGUUGGGCACCCUGGGGAUCAGACCCAGAGCCUGCUGCCUUGGCAGGCUGUUGAUGGGGUUAUUCCAAAUUCCCAAAUUCAAACUGAGCAACUGGAAAACAAAACUGGCUCCUGGAAAGGGACAGGGACAUGGUAGUAGCUAGGUGGAAUUGAUUUGCAAGUGAUCUUUUGAAAUUUUUUCUCUACAUGUGCCUUAUCUAAUGAAAUCACGGCUCACAGAGGAGAGCUCCUGCUUCCCCCUGCAGAAUUUCCCUGUUAACUCUGUCACGCUGUAAAUAAUGAGGGAAGCACAGUCUGGAGUCUGCAUGACCCCUGUGUUACCAGGGCCAAAGCAAAAGCAACCCCAGAUUUCCCCAGAUUUCCCCAAAUUUCCGUUUACAGCCACACUGACCCCCCUGCAGUGGCUCUGGGACGUGCUCCCAACACCAGGGGUUUUCCUGGAGAGUGUGCAACGUGCUUGGCAGGAGAAGCUCUGGGAGCCUGCUGAACAGAACAUGACCUGGUGGCAUUGUGAAGCUUUUAGGUGCCUUUGUCUAGUGUCAAGUGUAAUUUUAAGUGUUCUUUGUCGCUUGCCAUCGGAGUGAUGGAAGAACUGCCUGGUGUUGACUCCCUGGAAAUACGAUGGAUGCACCAGGGGGUGAGGGCUGGAGGUGCCAGGACAUGUCCCUCAGUCCUGCCCUUUGCCAUCCUCUUGCCAAAAUCCCUCCAAACCAUUUGAUACCUGCUCCAUUUCGGUGUGUCAAGUUGGAGCUUUUGAAGGAGCCAAGAGGAGAAGCGUUGGUGGGGGCUCCACAUCCUGUUUCUCUUUGGGAUUUUCCCCUUGGAGAAUCUGGGGGCUGUGUUGAAGCACCCACCCUCAUCCACACUGGAAAUGUUUGAUGCAAGGAGAGGGGGUGCCUGGGAGCCUGGACACCAAACUCACACCCUGUUAGGCUGCACUGCCUGAGAUCCCUGUGGAGAUCAAUGCACCUCCAGGUGGGAGCUCCAUCCCAUCCCCUCCCUCCUCUUCAGUGCCAGAAACCGUAAUUCCAGAAAGUCCAACACGCUGCCUGAACAACUGGCUUCAUUUUUUUUAUUUUUUUUGUUUUGGACUCCUCUGUAUGUUUUUAAAUGUUUACAUUAUUAGAUUUCUAAAAGUUCUUAACACCAUUAACCCGGCCCUGGCUCCUGGUGUGGCCGGGCGUCACGUGCCGUGGCUGUGUGUGAUGUUUCGUGUCACCUGUGGAGCUCUGGGUUUUGUUUUGUGUUUUUCUCCUGAUCACAAGACAAUAAAUGCUCAUCCUGUGCUUGAUGAGGAGAACUGGC